AUGAAGAGGCCGCCGUUUGAACCCCGGACGAGCCCGCAGAGGUCGGAUGUAGAUACGAAGCCGUUUCUUGGCCCGGCCGCCUAUUUUCACCUCGUGACACUGCGCCUCUGCCUGUACCUCGUCAACGUCGAGGUGACGACUUUGAGUACUUCGCUCGUCGCCAUCACGAACGACCUAGAUGGAUUCUGCCAGAUCGGAUGGCUCGUUUCGGGAUAUCUCGUUACCUACUCACCAUUCAUCGUGUUAUUGGCAAAACUCAGCGAUCUCCUGGGGAGGAAGUCUUCUAUCAUCGGGGCCGUCGGCUUCUUCACCUGCUUCUCGGCUGGAUGUGGCGUCGCCCAAUCGAUGCCUGCUCUGCUUGCCUGUCGCGCGUUGAAAGGCAUCGGAGCGGCCGAAUGCCACUCCAUGGCCAUGAUUGCCUUCUUCGAGGCCGGACCGCCACGUUGUGAGCACGACGUCGGUGGAGAUUCCUUCUCAAUAUUCCACCAGGAGCCCUGA